AUGGUGUCAGCAAUAAAAUUAUUCGUAUUAAGUCUUGUGGCUGCCAAUUUCAUAUCCGUACUCGGAUUGGUACCCGUGGUUUUGUAUUUAUUUUCUAAAAAUUCUCUCGAUUGUUUAUCACAAUUUGGAUCUUGUUUACCCGUACUCGUUGUGACGGCUUCCGUUUUUAGCAUUCUAAUCAUCGCCAUUGACAGAUACAACGCAGUUCUUAGUCCUCUUCAUUAUUCAAUGACAAUCACGAGCCAACGAAAUAAAGAAACUAUUGCUGCUAUUUGGUCAAUAUCAAUACUUCUCUCGAUACCUCCUUUGCUCGGAGUUUUCAAUAAACGAAUCUCAUAUUCGGAUAAUGAAAUUUUAAGAUUUUCAUAUGCCAUCGUACUAUCCGUUUUCGGAUUCAUAAUACCACUUUUUGCCCUUGUUUUGGUGUAUAGUAGAAUGUACAUAGCGGCUCAUAAAAACAGCGAACGAACGAGGAGGCAAAGCAUACAAGCUAAUGCAGGAGACUGUAGUCGAGGUGGAUCGAUGGACACCCAAUUCCCCCCACCGAUUAUCACGACAUUGGAUUUCGUUCGAACUUCCAAACCUCCGAUGUUGUCUCAAAUUCAUAAAAGAAGAAUAUCGAACGCAAGUUUUUCUGCCAUGCUUUUCAGAGAAGAAGGAAGAGCAGUGAAAACUGCCGUUAUGGUCGUCGCAUCAUUCUUAAUGUGCUGGGCUCCAUUUUUUAUUUUACUGCUUUUGUCAACAUUCAAACUCGUGGAAGUUUUGACGCACACGACAUUAUUUUUAGGAGUUAUGUUAAUUGUAUCGAAUUCCGUAUUGUCUCCAUUUAUUUACGUGUUUAGAAACGAAAUAGCUAAAAAUGAAGCGGUUAGAUUACUUUUCUGGUGGAAAAGAAUCGGUUUGUACGAAGGAAACGUUCUUCAGCAAGCCAAUAAAGAACUUAAACUCAAAUCGUCGGACGGCAGAAUCCGAAUUCGACAUCAGUCAUCGUCUAAUUACGAUAGCAUGUCGGUACAAAGCUUUCAAUUACCAAUAAAUUACAGUGUUGAAUGUAAACAGUGUUCGGAACCCUCAAAUAUUCCAGUCGCGGAUUUUAUAGCCACUUACGAAGUUGUUAACAUGAAUGAAGAACUCAAAAAAGACGGAGACGAAAUUAAAAGUCCGGAGGGUAAAACCAAAGGAGAAAGUGUCACGUUUAGACUCGCGUUUUUACCACAAAAAAGAUGUCAAACGUGCAUUAGGCAAAAUUCUGAUUCAUCAUCGGGAAACAUCAAAAAAAUUAUAAAACUUUCAAUGGAUCAAAUCCAUCGGUUUCGUAUAAACGAAAAUAUCUCCAUGAGUUCUUUUAUAAACAUUCCUAAAAAACAUCGUCACAAAUUACAACGUCAUUCUGCUGUCGAAGAUGAAGAAAAUUCAACGAAAGGAAAAAUCAAUACUAAAUACACGUCUUACGAUUUCGGAUGA